AUGAUGGGCGAUCUUGAACGCAAGUAUGUAUCCCGGCUGGUCCCCAAAAACCCCCGGAUAACGGCAACUUUGCUGGUCCUUGUUGCAAUCGUCAAUUCGAUGACCUUGGGCUACGAUACCUCAAUGUUGAAUGGAUUGAACAUGCUCCCCCAGUACAAGGACUAUUUCCACCCGAACACAGCCACCACGGGAUUGAACAAUGCCUCCCUUUGGAUCGGCAACAUCCUAGGCUGCUUUCUCAUCCAACCAGUUCCAGAUCGUCUGGGUCGAAAGCCCGCGAUCUUGGGAUCUGCCCUUAUUUGCGUGGUGGGCUGUAUCAUCCAAGGAGCUGCGCAGAACAUGGCGAUCCUGAUAGCUGUGGGCAUCAAUUACCAUAUGGUCAACAUUCCAACUACUUGGGCUUGGAGAAUUCCUUCUAUUCUGCAGUGCGUGCCCAGUCUUCUUGCGAUCUGCUUUCUCCCAUUUGUUCCCGAAUCACCCCGAUGGCUGCUCGCAAAUAAUCAACCCGAGGCGGCGAAAGAGGUCCUCGCCGUGGUUAUUGGUGUUGAAUCUCUGGAAGAACCGGAUUUCGUGCGGGUUUUCAAUGAUAUCAGCACGGUUCUAGAGACGGAAGCGAUGAACCAUCCGGAGAAUGCAUGGAAAGAGAUAUUUACUGGCAAACCAAACCGCCGGCGGCUUGCGAUCUUGGUCAGUUUUGGUGUCAUGGUGCAACUGCUUGGCAACUUUGUGGCUUCGUAA